AUCCAAGCAUGGCCCUAUGCAGGUGUUUUGCAUGUUGUUGCUAUGUAUAAUAAUAUAAUUGUGAUAUCUUCAGAAAAGACUUAUAUACAUUAAGCUCCAGAUACUUAAACCCCCAGACCCUCUCCCCAAUUCGUUUUUGUUUCAGCAUUUCCAACUGCAUCAAAUAUCAGAUAUAAACAUCCUCCAUCCCCAACAUACUUUCAAAGUUCUUACUUUACAUUUCGCACACAUCUCAUACUCCAUAUCAUCGAACAUAUAUAAAACACUCUCCAACACUCAACUACCAAGUACAUCCUCCAAUAUAAUCUCAAUACCAACCAACACCCAACAACCAACUACCUCCACCAAAAAUGUCUACCGAAUCCUUCGCAAUCACCAACUCCAUCAUGGCAUUCAGAAGCCACCCAAGAGACAACGAUGAUGAUGACCACUAAAUACCUCAUUAUCUCUUUUGCCCGGUGUAUCUACAAUGGACUGAAUAUAAUCCCGAACUUCACCAUGUAGUCAACAAUCUCAAAGCCGCCCCCCCUCAAAUUUCGAUCACGAGUACAACAUCAAAAUUAAAGAUCGUAUUAGACAUAUACACCAGGCAUUAUUACCUCACCGACCUCCCCGACCUUACCCCCACACCGAAACGAAACGCAAACGAUAUCAGAUUCGCAAAAGCACAAAAUCCCCAACUUCCAAUAGCCAUAGCCCAUUUUCAGCCUUGCUCUCCGCGACCGAAGUCUUCAAUUCUCUCCAUUUUCACCAUCGAUAUCCCUCCCGUCAGCUUCUCCCUCAGCCCCUCCAGAUGGAUUGUCUAUCUGCACCGCAGACGAACCCAGCACGUACCGAGUACCCAAAAUCCACCGCGCAAUAAACUCCCUGGAGUGGCUCAGCACCACAACAUCACCUCAUCCAACGUUCAGCCCGGACCCCGAGACUUAGGCUGCCCUCUCUCCACGCAACUCUCACCAGUCUUCUCACAUCCUCGCGCUUCCCCGAUGGAGAACAGAAAGAAGAGUGUCAUCAUUACUCACGAUGCAUCGCCGUUUCAUUCUCCACCAUGCCCAAGAUCAUGUACGACGGCAUUUGAAGAAUUUCGCGGAUGCAUUUAGAGAUGACUCCAACUCCUUCCUCAAAAUAUACGAGCUGGACCCCAGGGCUGACAAUAUCUCUUGGACCCUGUACUUUUCGUCCUCCAACACCAUGGUCAGGAUACGAUGAAUGUAUCAACGUUAUUUCUCUUUGGGCGUUUUUGAUUGGGAACACUGGGACUUAUUUAUCUUAAUCAUUUUUUUUUUGGAGUCAUUCGGCAGCGAGCGAGUCGAUUUUAGAAUAAUUUUCCUUUCACCAUCCCCUUUUCCUUUGUUUGUUUGGGUACACCAGGAGCUUGGAAGGAAGGAUAAACGGUUAUAGAAUUGGUGGGAUAUGGAUAUGGUUAUGGAUAGCGACUCUUACAACGUUAGCUCUCGCGAGCGCCCUCAAAAACGGAUUUUGGGUGGAGUCUUUCUCUCUCUCUCUCUCUUAUCUUACGACGACAAAAGUCUGCAGGAUGUGUUUCCUUUUCGCCAUGUCUUAUUAGUUUCCUUCCAAAAGAAGAGUCGCGAGAUCAAAUGGGAGGAUUUAUGUAUUUAUAAUAGACAUUCUUAUCUUGUUAUUGUAAUGCCUUUAGGUAUUACUGUAUAUCAAUCAAAAUCAUCUUAAUUACAUACACC